ACUCUCUCUCUCUCACUCUGUCUCUCCUCUCCAAAUCUCUCCCCCUCUUUUUUUCCUCCCCUCUUCAGAAAACAUGCAGGGAGGCGAGGAGGAGGAGGAGAAAGCAAGAAGCGAAGCGACAGGAGAAGAAGCGAGAGGAAGCGGAGAAAGUUGAAAAGAGGAGAGGAGCAGAUGGGAGGAAGGAAGGAAGGGAUCAUACAGGAUUGUGCGAGAAUAAACCGACGCGGCGAAUUGUUAUUAUAAUUAGAAUAAAAAAAGUGGGGGAAUCAGACGCGCGCCUCCGCGGUGCGUGGACGCGGACAAGACAAGACAGCGGCGCUGGAGCAGCUCUGGAUUCUGUUGACUCCUCAUGUUCUCCAAACUCUCUGUGAGCUUUGUUCACUUUUAAAGGCAGCUACUUUCCCUCUCUUUUCCCUCCCCAUUUAACUUCCCGAUUCCUGGAAAAGAAGAGAAGAAAAAGCUGCGGGGGUGGAAGCAGGAGGAAGCGUUUCGUUCCCUUCCGAGGAGUCCAGCUCGCCGUAGCCGGGUUUAGGCGUUGGCACCCGGGCAGGGAGUCCCUCGUCAUGGCCGGGGCCAAGCCGGGAGUCCACGCGUUGCAGCUGAAGCCAGUGUCCGUCCACGAAGCGCUCAAGAAGGGGGGCAAAUUCAUCAAAUGGGACGAGGAGCCCAACAGCGGGCCCCCCACGCUGGUAACCCUGAAAGUUGACCCAGAUGGAUUCUUCCUGUACUGGACUGGAGGGUCCAACCUGGAGGUUGAGACUCUGGACAUCAGCACCAUCAGGGACACCAGAACAGGAAAGUACGCCAAACAGCCAAAGGAGCCAAAGGUGCGGGAGGUGCUCGGCUUUGGGAAGGAGAACGUAGAGGGGAAGCUGGUAACCGUCGUCCAUGGCAACGACCUGGCCAACAUCUCCUUCCUUAACUUCCAGGCCAUGCAGGAGGACACGGCGAAGAUUUGGACAGAUGAGCUAUUCACUUUGGCCACAAACAUACUUUCCCAAAAUGCAACGCGGAACACCUUCCUUCUCAAAGCGUACACUAAGUUAAAGCUUCAAGUGAAUCAGGAUGGGAAGAUUCCAGUGAAGAACAUUCUCAAGAUGUUUUCUGAUAAGAAGAGAGUGGAGACGGCUCUGGAGCAGUGUGGCCUUGUCAAUAACAGGUCAGAGGGAAUAAAGCCUGACGAUUUCACAUACGAGGCUUUUCAGAAGUUCCUCGACAGCUUAUGUCUCCGACCUGAGAUACAAAGCAUCUUUGAAGAAAGUGGUUCCAAGAGGAAGCCUUUCAUCUCCUUGGACCAGUUAAUGGACUUCAUCAACCGCAGGCAACGAGACUCGAGGCUGAACGAGGUUCUGUAUCCGCCGCUGAAAAGAGAACAAGUCCGGCAGAUCAUGGAGAAGUACGAGACCAACACAAGCCAACUGGAGAGGGACCAGAUCAGUUUGCAGGCUUUUAGUCGGUAUCUGGGAGGAGAAGAAAACAGCAUCGUACCUCCAGAGAGGCUCGACGUCAUCGAUGACAUGAACCAACCGUUGUCUCACUACUUUAUCAACUCCUCACACAACACGUAUCUCACAGUGGGUCAGCUGACUGGUCCGUCGUCAGUGGAGAUGUACAGGCAGGUGCUGCUGACCGGCUGUCGCUGCGUCGAGCUGGACUGCUGGAAAGGUCGACCACAAGACGAGGAGCCCUACAUCACCCACGGGUUCACCAUGACCACUGAGAUCCCCUUUAAGGAGGUCAUUGAAGCGAUAGCAGAGAGUGCAUUUAAGACCUCACCGUACCCCGUCAUCCUCUCUUUUGAAAACCACGUCGAUUCAGCUAAGCAGCAGGCCAAGAUGGCAGAGUACUGCAGGAUGAUCUUUGGAGACGCUCUGCUCAUCGAUCCACUGGAGAAAUAUCCGCUGGUCCCAGGUCAGGCGCUCCCCUCACCGCAGGAGAUGCUGGGGAAGAUCCUUAUUAAAAACAAGAAGAAGCAUCACCACCAUCGACCCUCCGAAGGUGGCGGCAGCAUACGACGCAAAGAGCUCGGGGAGCAGUCGUCACCCACCAACGACUGCCCUCUGACUGACAACGAGGGAAGCCAGCUGUCCAAUGGUGAGGAAAAGCUGGCUGAGAGGAUGAUCAAAGACUUGGAGCCUCGCAAAUCUAUUGGAGGUGAAGGAGAAAGCGAGGAGGACGAAGAGGACGAACCUGUGACGGAGCUGAAAAAGCCGAACUCUGACGAGGGUACCGCCAGCAGUGAGGUGAACGCCACAGAGGAGAUGUCGACUCUCGUCAACUACAUCGAACCUGUCAAAUUCAAGAGCUUCGAGGUGGCAAAUAAGAGGAGGAAGUUCUUUGAAAUGUCGUCGUUUGUGGAAACCAAAGGCAUGGACACCUUAAAGAGCUCCCCUAUCGAGUUUGUUGAGUACAAUAAGAACCAGCUGAGCCGAAUCUACCCCAAAGGAACGAGGGUGGACAGCUCCAACUACAUGCCUCAGCUCUUCUGGAACGUCGGUUGCCAGAUGGUGGCGCUAAACUUCCAGACUCUUGACCUUCCUAUGCAGCUGAACAUGGGAGUAUUCGAGUAUAAUGGCGGCAGUGGCUACCUGCUGAAACCAGAGUUCAUGAGAAGGACGGACAAACACUUUGACCCUUUUACAGAAAACAUAGUGGACGGGAUAGUCGCCAAUACAGUCAAAGUUGAGGUGAUUUCAGGCCAGUUCCUGACAGAUAAGAAGGUGGGUGUGUACGUGGAAGUGGACAUGUUUGGACUUCCUGCUGACACAAAGAGGAAGUACAGAACCAAAACAUCCAAUGGGAACUCGCUGGACCCCGUGUGGGAUGAUGAAAUGUUCGUCUUCAACAAGGUGGUCCUCCCUACGCUGGCCUCUCUGAGGAUAGCGGUGUUUGAGGAAAACGGCAAGUUUAUUGGACACAGAAUUCUCCCCGUGUCGGCCAUUCGACCUGGCUACCACUACAUCAACCUGAAGAAUGAGCUCAACCAGCCGCUCCUGCUGUCCUCCCUCCUGGUUUGCACAGAGGCUCAGGACUACAUCCCUAAUGAACACCAGGAGUAUGCAGAGGCCCUGACCAACCCCAUUAAGCACAUCAGUGAGCUGCACAAGAGAGAGACACAGCUGGCUGUUCUCCUAGAGGACAACAGUGAGCAUGUCACCUACCAGCCCAGAGAGGGAGAGAUCAAGAGAGAGAGUGACAUCAUCCCAGGAAGUGGACUCUCCUCCCCCUCACACCCUCAGCCCCCCUACCUACUGGAUGAACCCCCCGACAUCAACAAGUUACCUGCGCCAGCACAACCUCAGAGGGAGGACCUCAUAGCCACUGUUAUGGCAGAUGUCCAGGUCCAAUCAGUAGAGGAGCUGAAGCAGCAGAAAGGUUACAUGAAGCUGUUAAAGAAACAGGGCAAAGAACUCAAAGAGCUGCGUAAGAAACACCUUAAGAAGGUGUGGAAUCUGAGUAAGGAGCAGAAGAGUCGGAGCAGCCAGCUUCAAUCAGACACUCACAGGAGACGCAGUCAGAUGGAGAAACACCUCAAACGCAGCAUCAGGAAAAAUGAGCCCUAUGAACCGGUGCAGCGCGAGUUGAAAGAACUGGAUCAGGAGCUAGAGAAGCAGACGGUCCAGCUGCGGGAAUGGCAGAUGCAGGAACUCCUAAAACUUCGACAAGAGCUUCACUCGAUAGAAAGAGAGAGACAACAAACACACCUGCAAGAGGCCUUCCAGAAGUUAAAGGAGACGGCUCAUGAAUGCCAAACAGCUCAGAUGAAGAAGCUCAGGGAGACAUGUGAGAAGGAGAAGAAAGACCUCCAGAAGAUUCUGGACAGAAAACGACAAAACAGCAUCAGUGAAGCCAAGAACCGCGACAAAGACAAGGCUGAAACGGAACUGAAUGAAAUCAACAGGAAACAUAUUCAGGACUCUGUCAGCUCAAUCCGUGGGCUGGAGGAGGCGCAGACCAGGAGACAGGACAAGCUGGUGCUGAGGCAGCGGGAGGUGCUGCAACACAUUGAUGAGGAGCUUCCACUGCUUCAAUCUCAGCUGGACAGGGCCCUGAAGGACGAGUAUCAGCGACUACCUGAGGAGAUCUGCCAGCACCUUCAGCUGGAGCUCCAAAACAAAUGUCUCCGAAAGGACGCCCUCUACUCCGCCGUGUCCAACCACAGCAGCCCCAGCUCGGGUUCGGGUCCGCCCUCCAACUGCUCCACGCCCUCCCACCCGUCGACGCCCAAUCGGAGCACCUGGAACAGGAGCAUGGACAAUAGCAUCGCCUCAUUGGCUGAUUCCACUUCCUCGUCCACCACUCCCGUCCUAUCAGAGGCAGAGAUGUCAUUCAGCUAAAAUUAUUAUUACUUGUACAAAGAAAGAGAAAUACAUUUAACAGGGGUCUAUAGUGAUUAUAAUGUGGGAUAGUAAUGAUAUAGAUUAUUUACUAAUUUUAUUCCUUUUUUAUUACAGACUGUGUUGUCUACAGAGCUAUAUUAUUUUUUAUUUUUGCUGUUUGUGUCAGAUGUAUUUCAUAAGAAUCAUUACUUUUUUCUGUCUUUUUUUAAAACAUUUUCUUGUCUUUGUUGUACAUUUAAUGUCAAACCGAUCCUUUUUCUUUGCAUCGUUUCCAUUUUUGCACGAUUCGUGCUCUGAUUUUGCCACAAGCUGAAGCUAUUUGUCUCUAACAGCUUUCACCUCUGUUUGACAUUUCUAGGAAGUUUUUUUUUGAACUGCAUGGAGAGAGAAGCAGGGUUAGAAAGCAGUAGCUCCCAAGCAUUCAACAAAAAUGGUAGGAAAAAGUGAUUCCCUCCACAAAAUUUGGCUAUUUUGUGUAGCAAUAUUUGACCAAUGGUAUUUCUUUGUAGUGGCUUUAUGUCCUUCAGGAACAGCUUAAAGCACAACCAAAGGAGAUGUCUGAGUCCUACAAUUAAGUACCAAAACUGCACAUCUUUUCCACUUUUGUAAAUAAAAAAAAAAUCAAGAGGAAUAUGAAGGAAAAGAAGGUGAAUUGUUACCCAGAUUUUGAAAGAAAGUUUUAGCUGUAAUAGCAGGAGCUGACCAGCAAGUGGUGCUGCAGCCCCAACUGUUAUUUUACUUUUAAUCGGUGGUUUGAGCUUCCUGUUCUUCUAGCCUGAUAAUCCUGUUAUACUGCACCCCAACACACACCUGGGCCAUCAGGAUUUGCAGCGUCAUUGGCCGGAACAAAGUCUCCGGCCUUUAACCUCCAAUCAAAUCGCAGCCAAGGUUGCAUCGGGGACGGUCAGCAGACGUCCAUCUGGCCAGAAAUUAUGCACAUUAGUGUGUCGGUCUGGGAAAAAGGAGGGUUUAGGUGACAUAACGCUCUCACUUUCUAAAUCGUGUGAAAGCAGACAUCUCUCUGAACACACACAGGAGGUGCGUUUUAUUGGUUCAGAGGCCCAAAGUCUCUAAAAUCCUCGGCCCAUCCAAUCUAGAAAAGCAGAACACACACAUCAGAGGCAGAAACCUCAAUAACUUUACAAAUAUUAGAGAUUACCGAACUCCAAGAGGGUAUUUGUGUGUGGCCAGAAGUUAAUCUCUUGGCGAGGCAUCUGCUUUUAGGGACAGUAAUACUUCCUACUACAUUUAAAGAGUCUGUUAAAUGUGUGUGUGUUGGUGCAGUUAGUUUGCUUCUUUGGCAUCCUGGAAAAGGACAUCAAAUGCUAAAUUAGCAGCACCACUGUAGUAGACAGUCCUCCGUUUGACGACUUCAAGCUGCACUAUGACAUGUUAAUGUAAAACGCUCAAGAGCACGCCUUUCACUUGUAAUCGAGACCCUUUCUUGGUUUUGCUUUAAUUACUUUCUGCUGCUUUAACUUCACUAAAGCCUCAAAAUUAGUUCAGUUUUUGUAAAUGGACAUAGUAAUGGUUUAUGUAAAUUUUCUUCUGGGUUGAAUUUGCCCUUUAAAAUCCCCCGCAGAGUCCUGUCAGCGUGUUUGAGCCAAAUGUUGAAUUGUGCACAAACUGAACGGUACUUUUGUCUCUUCCUGUCUGGCUGUAUUUAUUUUGCUUUUUCCCCCGCAUUUCUUUCCUUCUUUCUUUCUGCUUUUGUCCACUUCGAGGGGUAAAUUAUGGUACUGUGUGUAUGUAUUGUGUGUAGAUGUGUAGUUGUACAUGAAUUUUACUACUGACCACAAGUGCUGGUGAGAGAUGGAGGUCAGAGAGGGCUGGGAAGACAAAUCAAGAGAGUUUAAUUUUACAGAAAAGAUUCGGUAAGGUUUGUCCUCUCCUGCCUUCCUCCUCCGAUGAGCACUGGCUGCCUGUCUGUCUGAUUGCCCCCCUCACAAACACACACGUUUAUCGAGACUGUCAUCUAUUUAAAUGGAAUUUUAACUACUUUUUUUUCCCUUUUUUUGGUUAUUUAAGAUUUUAAUUGUUGAAAGAACGUGUCCAUUCAGGCUGCUGAAAAAUGAUGGAGAUUCGGUUUGUGCAUGUUUUUUUAAAUGUACCAGAAAUCAUCAGAGAGCUCUGCUUUGUCCUCCAACAGGGUAUUUUUAAAGCCAGUAACCGUUGGGGUCAGCACUUUGUUUAAAUGAAAACACCAACCUGUUGGUCAUUUUACAGUAGAAGACUGCCAGCCUGUUCAACCCGAGUAUGUAAAUGUUUUUGCUCGGCUUUCUCAUUUUGGACACUAAAUCUAUACAGUGUGUUAAAGACGAUUAUUUACUUUUCAGUGGACUCAGAGGUGAAACUGCCAACAGUCUUCUCAAAUCAGAAGCUUCAUUUGCCAAAAAUGUCGAUACAUUCCUCACUGUGUCUCUUAGGGCCGGGGUGGUACAAACCAUUCCAAGCCCAGUGGCAAGUAUUCAAUUAACUCCAUCUGUUGUCCUUGAAUAUGACUUAUACAUGAUUAUCAGGUACUUUAGAGAGGUCGUAUUCUCACUCUUGUUGAGGAAAACUCAUCUUUUCAUGUUUUAAUGCACUUUUUACCACUCUCUGUUUGUGAAAACCUUUUGUUCCUCAAUACAACCACUUUCCACUGAUUUUUACUUGUGUAAAGCAUCAGUAGUUUGUUUUUACAAGGUCCAGUCGUCAAAAGAGUAGAUUUUGAAUGUUUGACAAGACAGGUUUCCCUCGUUGCAGUUUGAGCUUGGAUUUACUUGGUACUAUUUUCAUUACGAAUGUACAUCGAUGUAAAAAGGCAUCACAUUGAAUGAUUUCUUACUUAACUUGUCAGAGCUUUAGUAGUAGAACAAAGUCACAUUUUGAUCUCAAACUGUUUUCCACAAGUGUUAAUGUGUGAGGUAAAGUAAUACAAGACCAAAAUAUCAGAAGACUAUAUAUACUGUAUAUGUGUACAUGUAUGAAACGUACAAACAAACCAAGAGUACUUCAGAUAUUUAAAUGGGUUUUUUAAGGCUCGUACUCUACAGUAGAAAUGCUCGUUGUUGGUUCUAGUUGGCUGCCAGUAGCUUUACAGUUGGUGUCUUUGUAGAUCAGUGAAGACAAAAGAUAAUAAUACGGUUUACAUGUGUAACUGACAGAUUUCAUUUGUUGUACCUACAGUAGGUACUGUGUGCUCGCUUUGUGACGCUUGGAGAUGUCUUGUCUGAAUCUGUCAAACAAUUUGAAUGGCAUUUUAGUAGUUUGACCUGUAAUGCACGAGUAGAAGUGUCAACUAUAGAUUGUAUAAAAGAUGGAUUUAGUCGACAGGUCUAAAAGCGACCUCUGGAGGCAAAAAUUGUUGUUGAUUGUUUACCUCAUUUGACAUUUUUGUAUUGAUUUUAUGGUCUCAAUCGCUAGUUUCAAGACUUUUAGAAUACGGCAUGGUGUUUUAUUUGUAAAUUAUGGUCUCAUUUCUAGGAAAAUAGAUGCUAUAACAGGGUCUGUUUUAGUGCAGAUGAUCGAAUCCAGCAGUCAUUCUUACGUCUGGUUUCAAAAGACCAAGGUGGCAACGACAAAAUUCCAAACUUCAUCCUUCAAAAUGCAAGUCAACAAACCACUGAAUGACGUCACUGUGACUAUGUCCAUCUUUUAUGUACAGUCUAUCGUGACAGCAGAUGAAUGUAUCCGGUGGCUCUGAGACUGGAUAGUGUAUGGCCUAUAAAGUGAAAAUGUUGCUCAUUCAAUACUGGAUGGUUGCUGUUGUUUUUAACUUCUCAGCACUUGGUAAAGUACAAAAAGUCUUCUGUACAGUACAAGUGCAACAUAUUUCCACUGUUUACUCUACAUUAGCCGGUCCAUCUCGUUGGUCUGGACUUGAAUGAACCAACAAAUAUUGGAUAAAUUACCAAGAAAUGUGGCAUUUAUGACACAGAUUGUAGUCACUUCAGUGCUUCCCUUUUAAUCUAAUGUCGUCAUUAGGCCAAACUUUUAAUGUUUCCAAUACUUCCAGUUUAUGAUGCUGUCAUGACUUUACUAUUAUGAUAAAAUCUGAACAAUGUUAGCACUGUUCAAGGCCUAUUGUGUAGACUUUUUAAAGAAAGUAAUGUGAUCCAAAACUAAAUGAAAAUAAGACUCCCAUCUGCCUAUGCUAAACUUUGAUUAGCACUAGUUAGCAAAUAUGUUUAUGCUAAUUAGCUAAACUAAGUUGCUGAAUGUAGUAAACGGUGUACCUGCUACAUGUUAGCAUUAUCAGCUUGGCAGCAUGCUGAUGUUAGUAUGUUGCUCAACUAAAAUUAAAAAAAAAAAGAACAAUGCUGUACUUAUUAUAACCUUACAAACUCCCUGACUUUUUUUCCAUUCUGACUGUAAAUGAAACUGGAUUACUACUAAAUUCUGUCAUUUGUUUGGGUCUAAACAUACCUUUUGCUAAAGAAUUAGCAUGUGAGUCAUGUACUAUACGUCACUUAGUUACCAGAAUCAGGUGUUGUCAGAUUUAAUGCAAAAUGGGUCAAAAUUCCUUAAAUUCUAGCUGUAAGGAAACCUAAUUCCUAUUAAAUCCUGAAUAAAGGUGUUUAACUCCCAUUGCCAACCUUGACACUGUUUUAGUUCACUUGAAUACAUGUUUGGCUUUGGCCUGUGCUGCUCUGGCACAUUGAGAGAGUGAGUGCUAACGCCGCUAGCUAGUUUCCUUCCCACCAGAAUGCAGCCUGGGGGUUGUUUCUUGUCAGCCGUGAGCUUUAACCUCUGUUAUUUCUGUCCUGUUUAAGGUGAAAACUCUCAUUUAAUCAGAUGUGCACAAUAUUUUACCGCGACGCCACCACAGCAGCGUAGCGUUAGACGCCACUUCUGCAUCACAAACAGUCCUUGUCUUGCCUCUUAUUAGACAUUUGGUUUGACUGGGCUGCCUCCGGCCCACCCCGAGGCCUCUGGCUCUCAUGUCUUCUCUCCCUUUUUUCCCUCACUGUCCCAUUUCCUCGCCUCCAUUUUCCCCCAGUAAUGAGACCAUCUUUUACUUUUCAACUGGUUAAAUUAAUUAGAAGCAGCAGCCGUGUUUGUAACUUCAGACAGCAUGCGAUAGACGCUAGACAAGAGUUCUGUUGACACUGUAUAUGUAGUGUAUAUGAUUGUCGGAUGUAAAGGGAAUACUAUCCAAUGAUCCAGAUGUAAUAUUUUAUUGUUCCUAUAAUUAAUAUAAAGUAUAUGACUGAACAUUCAGUAAUAAACCUCUUAUGAAGCUUAA